AUGCAGGUCUGCGUCAUUACCGGCGCAGCAAGGGGUUUAGGCUACAGUUUCGCCGAGGCUUUCAUUGAGUCUGGAAGCACCAGGGUUGCCCUUGUCGAUCUUUCACCUGACGCCACGGAGGCCGCUGCCACAAAUCUCUCGGAAUGGGCUACUGAGAAGGGUAUAGGCCCAGUUGAAGUGGUGGCUUACCCGCUGAAUGUUACGGACGAGCGUGCCGUCCAGGAGAGUAUGGGGAAAAUUGUGGAAAAGUGGGGAAAGAUUGAUUGCAUACUUACCGCAGCCGGUGUUGUCCACAACUAUUCAUCGUUCGAGUAUCCUUCGGAGCGGAUGAAGUCCCUUUACAACGUAAACGUGCACGGCUCAUUCUACUGCGCUCGCGCAGCCGCCCAACAUAUGAUGGCAUUAGGCACAGGCGGGUCAAUAAUCUUCAUUUCAAGUAUGAGUGGAAGAAUUGUAAACUGGCCACAACUUCAGAUGCCGUACAAUGCAUCUAAGGCGGCCGUCCGGCAGAUGGCUGCGUCGCUUGCAUGCGAAUGGGCAGAACACCAGAUUCGCGUGAACGCGAUCAGUCCAGGAUACAUCGAGACAUCGAUGACAGGUCCGAUAGUGGAAAAGUACGGGAGGGGUAUGUUGGACGAAUGGAUCCGUGGUACGCCCAUGAAAAGGCUAGGCUUGCCAGAGGACUUGAAAGGUGCAGCGGUACUCCUCGCGUCAGAUGCCUCGAAGUUUACGACGGGAUCAGAGUUGGUUAUUGACGGUGGAUACACUUGCCUGUGA